CUGGCUCUGGGAACACUGCGCGAGUGUGAAGACAGGCGUGUGCGUGUGUGUGAGCUUUACAAUACCCCGCGGUCCCGACAAUUGUCUCUCUCAACAACCAUUCCACCACUCAACAUGGCGCCUUCUCACAAGCGCAAGCAGAUCGACGACGACUUCGUCCACACCAUCUCCGACAAUGACGAGGAAAUUGUCGAGGAGGAGACCGUGGCACCGCCGCCCAAGAAGAAGGUGAAGGCUACGAAGAAGUCGAAAAAGGCCGCCGCCAGAGAGGAGUCGCCGGAACAAGAAGUUGCCGAGGGUAUCUGGGGCCAAAAGGACGAAGACGAUGGUGCCAUGCACUCGGACUUUGAGUUUGCGCAAGACAACGCCAUCGAAUUCGGCGAUGCGGAACUCGAGGGCUGGGGCUUCGAAGGCGCAAAGAAGUCCAUGAACAGCAAUGCAUCUCUAGGCGUUGACCUGGAAGAAAUCAUUCGCAGAAGACGGGCAAAGAAGGGCGGCGAGGAGAAGUCGAAGGAAGAUAAAGAGGAGGCUGCGGCGGACGCCGAGGUGGACAACGACAUGGACGUGGAUAUCGACCUUGACGACGACGAAGACGGAGUCCUAGCCGACGAUGCCUUUGGCAUGGGUGUGGACCCUGGUGCCGAGGACUCUGAAGCCGAAAACGACGAGGGAUCCGACGCAGAAGAUGCAGAGGACGCCGAAGAUGAUGACGACGCAGCAGCAUCCGACAACGAUUCCGUUGCGACACCCGUGGAUCACCCCGACGACCGUGGUUCAGACGAUGAAGAGGAGGAAGAUGCAGAGGAACAAGCGAAGCGUGACGCUUUCUUCGCCCCCGAGGAGCCUGCAAAGCCCGGCAAGAAGGAUACGGCAUCAUCAUUUCAGGCCAUGUCCCUUUCGCGUCCUCUCCUGAGAGGUCUCGCCGCUGUUGGCUUCUCCAAGCCCACGCCCAUUCAAGCCAAGACUGUGCCCAUUGCCUUGAUGGGCAAGGAUGUUGUCGGUGGUGCAGUCACUGGUUCAGGAAAGACGGCCGCCUUUGUGGUCCCCAUUCUUGAACGUCUCCUGUACAGGCCCAAGAAGGUUCCUACUAGCCGUGUCGUCAUCCUCACCCCUACUCGUGAAUUGGCUAUCCAGUGCCACGCUGUCGCCACCAAGCUUGCCGCGUUCACCGAUAUCAAGUUCACUCUUGCCGUUGGUGGUCUGAGUCUCAAGGCUCAGGAAGUCGAGCUGAGACUGAGGCCAGACGUCAUCAUCGCCACACCCGGUCGUUUUAUCGACCACAUGAGGAACUCUGCCAGCUUCAAUGUCGACACCGUGGAGAUUCUCGUUCUCGACGAAGCUGAUCGUAUGCUCGAGGAUGGUUUCGCCGACGAGUUGAACGAGAUUCUGACGACCUUGCCCAAGUCAAGACAGACGAUGCUGUUCUCCGCGACCAUGACAUCUUCCGUCGACAGGCUGGUGCGCGUGGGAAUGAACAAGCCCGCCAGAAUCAUGGUGGACUCGCAAAAGAACAAGACCGUCACCACCUUGGUGCAGGAGUUUGUCCGCUUGCGGCCCGGUCGUGAGGAGAAGCGCAUGGGCUACCUCGUGCAUAUCUGCAAGACGAUGCACACGGAGCGUGUCAUCAUUUUCUUCCGCCAAAAGAAGGAUGCUCACCGAGCGAGAAUCAUCUUUGGACUGUUUGGCUUGUCUUGCGCAGAGCUUCACGGUAGCAUGAACCAGGCUCAGAGAAUUGCCAGUGUUGAAAACUUCCGUGAUGGCAAGGUCAACUACCUCUUGGCGACGGAUCUUGCGUCUCGUGGUCUCGAUAUCAAGGGCGUCGACACAGUCAUCAACUACGAAGCACCCCAAAACAUUGAGAUUUACGUGCACAGAGUCGGUCGUACCGCCCGUGCCGGCCGCACCGGUGUGGCCAUCACGCUGGCGGCGGAGCCGGACCGCAAGGUCGUCAAGGCGGCGGUCAAGGCCGGCAAGGCCAACGGCGCCAAGAUCCUGAGUCGCAUCAUCGAGCCGACAGAGGCGGACAAGUGGCAGGACCAGGUAGACGAGAUGGAGGACGAGAUUGACGAGAUCAUGGUGGAGGAGAAGCAGGAGAAGCAGUUCCAGCAGGCCGAGAUGCAGCUCAAAAAGGGCGAGAAUAUCAUGCAACACGAGGCCGAGAUCAAGGCGCGGCCGAAGCGGACGUGGUUCGAGACGGAGGAGGACAAGAAGAAGGCCAAGAUUGCGGGGCGGGAGGAGCUCAAUGGGCCCAAGAAUGGCAAGAAGCCGAAGCUGAGCAACAAGGACAAGAAGAAGCUCGACGCCAAGGAGAUGAGGAGCGGGGAUAAGGUGUGGAAGAAGGGCAGGGCGGAGCGCGACGGGCAGGGUGCGAUGUUGAACCUGAAGAAGCAGCCUAAGAAGAAGAAUGUGCCGGCCAAGGGGAGGACCAGGGCGAAGCUGGCGCGCCAGAAGCGGUGAUUUUGAAAAAAGAAUGUUGCCCCGGUGUCCAAAAGUCUAGACUACAAUACCAUGUUACAAUACCAG